UUGGGGAACUAAGAUAAGGAAUUGAGCAGGGCAUGUUGUUUCAAACAGCAUGUUAAAAUUAAAAAAUAGUAAUGCGGCACGUCACAAUAGCAACCUAAAUAUAGCCAUGGAUUAGAGAGCCAUUGUUUUCAAUCCUGCUAUAUAAAACUUAGUCUCUCCAGAUGGAAUGCCACUUGACCUUUCAUGUUCCAUCAGCCUGUGUUUGUAUUUAACUGAUGCCGGGACAAGAGAUUGCCCCUUGGAGGUGUCCUGUGUUGACAUGACAGGUCGUAGAGCUGUGUACUGACCAUGUUCAGAAGACAUAAGCCUCGUGCUCCAGAGCACAAGAAGGAUCUUGCCAUCCAUAAUGACAUGAGGUCUUUCUUAAGCUUGUCUCAGCUUGUACUCUCGGCUGGUCAUUUGAGACCACUGCCAGUCUUAAGGCAUUCUAAAAUCACUUACUUUGAAGUGGAGAUUCUUGAUGCCCAAAGCAAAAAGCAAAUCUGUGUAGUGGAUAAGGUACCACCAUCAUCUACACUUCUUGAUGUAAAACAUAAAUUUCAUAAAGUAUGUCCCCAAUGGUAUCCAUCUCGUAUAGGCCUGAGACUAGAACGCAAUGGACCCUAUUUAAAAGAUUCUGUCAACAUAAAGAGCCUUGCAGCUUCUUCUAUCAUUACACUGUAUUUCACAGACAUGGGUCAGCAAGUCAGUUGGACAACAGUGUUCCUAAUUGAAUAUACUGGUCCUCUUAUAAUUUAUCUCCUCUUCUACCUUCGCCUCUCAAGCAUUUAUGAUGCCAAGGAGAGCACAAGAAGUUUCCGCCAUCCUGUAGUUCAUCUCGCGUGCAUCUUUCAUUGUUUACAUUAUAUCAGACAACUUCUGGAGACACUCUUUGUUCAUAAGAUUUCAGAAGGGCAUACACCUCUAAAAAAUAUGAUCAAGGGUUGUACUUUUUACUGGGGAUUCACUUCUUGGAUUGCUUACUACAUCAAUCACCCACAAUACACUCCUCCAUCAUUUGGGAACAAGCAAAUUACAUUUUCAGCCCUUGUCUUUCUGAUAUGCGAAGCUGGGAAUCAUUUUAUCAAUGUUUCUUUAGUCCAUCAAUCAGGAAACAAAACCUCUUUCCCGAGUCCAUCAAUCAACCCUUUCACAUGGCUGUUUACACUGGUUUCCUGUCCAAACUAUACAUAUGAGAUUGGCUCUUGGGUGAGCUUUACAGUGAUGACGCAAACUCUGCCAGAUGUCAAUGCUUGCUCUAGGAGGCCACAGUUCAUACCCAGAGACCAGCAACUUUGUUUUCCCUCUUCAGUUGGCGUCUUUGCAUUUCUAAUGGCAAUCCAGAUGGCACUGUGGGCCAGAAAGAAGCACCAACACUACCUGAAGAAAUGUGCUACGUGCAGGUGGAGGAAAGCAGCUAUGAUUCCAUUUAUACUUCAACAGAGAGGCACAGCCAGGAACACGCAUUGGAUGAGGAGGACGCACAACCACAUUCUGCAAGUGGAGCAGCAAGGCUUGGCAUGUUGCCCCCUCCUAGUGCCCACACAACUUUGAAGAGUGAUGCAUGGAUGAUGAUGGCAGACAACAAUGGCAGCACGCAUGUUUCGGCACAUUUCUUUCCUGCAACCUGUGGCAUGUGAUCACUGUGCAGUGCAGUGCAAACACAACUAUGUGUAUAGGCAAGCAAUCUUUAAAUAAAAUGCUGUCAACUCACAAA